AUGCUCGCCGUCGAUUUUGCGUCACUUCAGUGGGUCUACCUUCGGCGCAGCACCAUUUGCCUCGGUCCUGUCUACAUGUCGAAGAGCGUUGUCGGCCUCGUAAUCCUCUUUGUGGGUUUCUGGGGCAACGCCAACCUCCAGACGCUCACCACAUUCCUUCACCACAAGCCUGGAUUCGAUCUGGGCUACUACGUCUACUGCGGUCCCGCUCAAUUGGCGUCGAUUGUUGGUAUCAUGACGAGCACGUUGAUUCAGAUGUGGUUCAACCCGCGUCUCGUGACCCAGACGUGGCUCCUUCUAGUGUUCAGUCUGGUCAACUGGUUUCUGGUGUUCGCGCUCGAGGCAUUCGUGUUUCCAGGCGUGAGCCGCUCGGUGCCAGGACCUUGCGGCCUACGCACGUCGACCAACUGCCUUCUCUACAACAAGAUCGCGCAGACGUACUACUACUCGGCGAUCGCGUCGGGUGGCGUCGUGCUGCUUGCGAUCGCUGCCAUGUAUUUCCACGCGCUCAUAUGGUCGAAGGGCGCGGGCAUGGACUUGGCGUCUGUCGUAACGUCGGUCCACAGCAGCAUCCUCUUCACUGACAACGAAGACUCGGUUGGGAUCGACGCCGGCGUUCUCCUCAUCAAAGACAUGAUCCAAGUUUCCAGCACGGCGAUGACGAGAACCUCCAACGUACAGUACGACCUGUUCUUUCGGCUGCUUCCCACCGCCCGCCUGAAGGCGUACUACAGCUCUGGUGUCGGCAGUGUGCUCGUUGUGCAUAUCAGACAGCGGACGAUUUCGCGUCGGUCCAGCUACACACCGCUGUACACAUUGCUCUCUGGGACGACCGACGUUAAGACCGACGAAGCGGGGUAUCUCGUGUAA